ACGGUCUAAUUGAGCUUGUGUCCGGAAGAAGCUCCGCUUGUGGAGGUCCUCGAAGCCGGACUUGCUGUGGAAAGAGAAGCCCAAGAAGAGAGAGGAACCAUUGGCUGAUCAGCGUGUCAGGGCCCGGCCAGGUUAUCCUGAAGAGGCCGGUCAUGAGACAUGGGGCUGCUGGCCAACGUACGGAAGGAAUGGUUCAUCAUUGGAAUAGCGGUGGUCAUAUUGUCGGCUAAAAUCCAGCCCAGCUUUGGUGUCAAAGGAGGACCACUGAAGCCAGAGAUAACCAUAUCAUACGUCGCAGUCUCGCUUAUCUUCUUCAACAGCGGCCUCUCGCUGAAGACUGAGGAGUUGACCAGUGCUCUGCUUCACGUGCGCCUUCACCUGUUCGUUCAGUCAUUCACGCUCGUCUUCUUCCCGCUGGCGGUGUGGUUCCUGGUCAGAGUGCUCGCGCUGACCGCCAUCAACCAAGGGCUGCUCAGAGGGUUACAGACGCUGAGCUGCAUGCCGCCCCCGGUCUCCUCAGCGGUCAUUCUAACUAAAGCUGUUGGUGGCAACGAGGCUGCUGCCAUCUUCAACUCAGCAUUUGGAAGCUUCCUGGGCAUUGUGGUAACGCCAGCACUGCUGCUGCUUUUUCUGGGCUCCUCGUCCUCUAUCCCCUUCUCCUCCAUCUUCUCUCAACUAUUUAUGACGGUGGUAGUGCCGCUCAUCAUGGGUCAGGUGUGCCGCCGUUUCCUCAGGGAGUGUCUGGAGCGCAGGAAGCCACCCUUUGGUGCCGUCAGCAGCGCCGUCCUGCUCAUGAUCAUCUACAGCACCUUCUGCGACACAUUCAGUAACCCUAACAUGGAGCUGGACCCCACCAGCUUGUUGAUGGUCGCCCUCAUCAUUUUCUCCAUCCAGCUCACUUUUAUGCUGCUCACUUUUGGAUACUCCAGCAGGUCGGGCUCAGGUUUCAGCCCCGCCGACACGGUCGCCAUCAUGUUCUGCUCCACGCACAAGUCGCUAACACUGGGUAUUCCCAUGUUGAAGAUCGUGUUUGUGGGCUACGAGCACCUGUCACUUAUCUCAGUUCCCCUGCUCAUCUACCACCCGGCUCAGAUCUUGCUCGGAUCUGUGUUAGUGCCAACCAUUCGCAACUGGAUGAUCAGUCGCCAGAAGAUGAUGAAGACGUCAAGCCUUCCGCCCGUUUGAUGAAGAGCAGGCGAUUACUUGCCUUAAGACAGCCUAUCCACAGCGACCUCAGCCACCCUUUGCAAAUUGGGCAAACACGGCAUUUACUUUUCUAUACUGAAAAGGAGCAGAGGUACAUGUUUUCUUUUUGCAAAGGAGGUUAUUGGGACCAUCUUUCUAUUUUUGUAUUUUCUAUGGUUUUUCUACUUUUUCAACUUCUACUGUUACACUUGUAGUUUUGAUACUGCUAGAGUAUGUUCUAUUUAAUAUAAUAAGGGAUGUUUUUAUGAUGAUAAUCUCAGACUGAAGGUAGACUCCUAAAUCAGCUAAGAAAAAACACCUAAGCCAAAGAGUUUGUAUAUUUAGUGUAUUUUCAUUCAGAGUUCACAGUCUAAAAUGCUCAUGUACUUUCAGAAAAGGAAAUAAAAGUUCAAAAACAAGGUGCUGCUCUUUGGCAGACUUUCA